ACAACGCCUGAGGAAGGCGGGAGGGGAUUGGUCGGUUCUGAGGGGAGAAGGCGGGGCGGGCACUGGGCGGGGCCUGGGGGGGUGUGACAGGCGAGGAGAGCUGCAAUUGGCCUGAGAGCGAAAGGGGCGUGGCUUACGGGAAAGAGAGGCAGGAACCGCGCGAGAAGGUGGCGGGAAGCGCAUGAGGAGAGCGCUGAUUGGCCGGACCUGCCGAGGGGGCGGGGUGCCAGGCGGGAAUGCGCGCGGUGAUUGGCUGGGCCGAACAGAGGCGGAGCCGCUCCCCACUCCCUGGGCGGGGCCGCGGCGUGGCCGGAAGCGGAAGUGUUGGGCAGGUGCCACCAUGGCGGCCCCGGGGACGGCGGACGGCGGCGGCUCCGGCGACUCCGCGGGGCCCGCGACGGUGUCGCGGCGGGUGAAGUACGCCAGCCUGGGCGUGCUGGUGCUGCAGAACGCGUCCCUCGUGCUCAGCAUCCGCUACGUGCGGACCCUGCCUGGGGAGCGCUUCUUGCCCACCACGGCCGUGGUGAUGGCCGAGGCCAUGAAGGGCAGCGCCUGCCUGCUGUUGCUACUGAUCCAGCACCGGGGCAGUGUCCGGCAGACGGCGGUGACGCUGCACGAGGCCGUGGUGGGACAGUUUGGAGACACGCUGCGCCUGGCUGUCCCCUCCCUCAUCUACACCCUGCAGAACAACCUGCAGUACGUGGCCAUCUCCAACCUGCCUGCAGCCACCUUCCAGGUGACAUACCAGCUGAAGAUCCUGACCACGGCGCUGUUCUCGGUGCUGCUGCUGGGCACGGCGCUGUCGCGGCUGCAGUGGCUGUCGCUGGCGCUGCUGUUCACGGGGGUGGCGCUGGUGCAGGCAGAACAGGCUCGGGCCGUGCCCGCGGCUGCGGCGCUGGCGCCGUCGCCGGGGCCCGAGGGGCCAGCACAGAGCUACGCCGUGGGGCUGGCGGCCGUGGCCGCCUCCUGCCUGUCCUCGGGCUUCGCCGGUGUCUACUUCGAGCGGCUGCUGAAGCGCUCGGGCGGCUCCAUCUGGGUGCGCAACGUGCAGCUGGGCGCCGUGGGCACGGCCGUGGGGCUGGGUGCCAUGCUGGCCGCUGAGGGCCCGGCCGUGGCUGCGCUCGGCUUCUUCUACGGCUACAAUGGCGCUGUCUGGGCCGUGGUGGUCAACCAGGCGGCUGGGGGGCUGCUGGUAGCCGUGGUGGUUCGCUACGCCGACAACAUCCUCAAGGGCUUCGCCACGGCGCUGUCCAUCCUGGCCUCCACAGCCGCCUCUGCGCACCUGUUCGGCUUCCGGCCGCGCGCACCCUUCCUGGCCGGCACCGCCAUGGUCCUGGCCGCCGUGGUGCUCUAUGGGCGGCCCCGCGGCGCCGGCAGCCGCGGCCAGGACAGCGGCAAGUCUCCCAACAAGGACAAGGGAACCUGACGGCACCGAGCGACCCCCCGGGCCCUAUGGGGCCCUAAAGAAUCCAUAUGGACCCUCCCCUUCCCCCAUGCAGCCUUUAUAGGGGUCGUGUGCACCCCCCCCCCCCAGGAUUCUGUAGGGACCAUAUGGAGCCCUCAGUCCCUAUAGGGUCCAUGCGGACACUCCCGGUCCCUAUAGCAGCCAUAUGGACACUUCCCUCCCCUGGGUGGUAUAGGGACCGCUCGCCCCCCCGGGUCCCUAUAGGGCCCAUAUGGACCCCUCCCCCACAUCUCUAUAGGGAGACUCUUGGUCCCUAUAGCAGCCAUAUGGACACUCCCUCAUUCCCCCCCCCGGGGGCUAUAGGGACGGCUUGCACCCCCAGGUCCCUAUAGAGCCCGUGUGGCCCCGCCGCGCGGUUUUGGUGUCAAUUAAGACGAUUUUGUUCAAA